AUGGCGACUAAGACAUGCGUACAGUGGCUUCCUAGAUCGGCAGCGCUAGCCACCCAACUCGGCCAUCAGUCUUAUGUGUACAUCUUUAGUGACAGUGGCUGUUAUUCCUAUGUUGGACGAGUGUUCCAAGGCAGACAAGAUCUCAGUCUACAAGCUCCAUAUUGUGUAACGAACAGUAUUACAUUACACGAGAUGUUACACGCGAUGGGUGGACAACACGAGCAGAGCAGGACGGAUCGUGAUAAUUACGUGGAAAUCUUGUGGGCGAACGUGAACGGUGGUCAGGGAAACAUUAACAUGCAGAAGAUGACGACGGACGAUGUAAAACCGUACGAUGUGGCAUCAGUCAUGCAGUAUUCUCUUUAUGCAUUCUCGAUCAACGGCCAACCGACAAUACGCCUGUUGGACCCGCGACUAAAUUUUCUGGCUGACUCCGCUUCAGUUCUCAGCUUUUAUGACGUACAGGAUGUUACUGAUUCUUACUCGUGCACAUCCAGUUGCGUGAAUUCCCCAACAUGUCAACAUAAGGGUUUCCUUGAUCAUACCUGUCAAUGUGUUUGUCCAAGGGAUGUAACCGGCGCUAACUGUGAAACUAUAAUCACAGAUCCAGGAUGUGGUGGAGAUAUCACGUUGGUCGCCGGAGUUCCGCAGACAAUUUUGUCCCCAAACUACCCAAGCAACUACGUGUCGGGCCAGAAGUGUACCUGGUAUUUAACGGUAAACUCCCUUACACACUGCGGAAAUAUACAGGGACUCUCCUACAUGACAGCAAUAGACAACAAAAACACAAUGAUGCUCAUCUUCGAUGCUGACUUUGUCAGUGGUAGAGCCCCGAGUAAAGGAUUCAACUUAACAGUGGAAAGUCAGGGGGCAGGUUGCCUGAACAAUCCAUGUGUUUACGGCACGUGCGUUGAUGGAGCCGGAGGCACAUACACAUGUACAUGUGACAGCGGCUUCACAGGUGUUAAUUGUGACACUCUUAUUAGUGAUCCGGACAUUACGUGUGAUUUUGAACAUGGUGAAUCGUGUUUCAUGGUGGACGUUAUGGAUGACCAAUUCGAUUACACGAUAAAUACGGGUUCCACGCCAUCUGUCGGCACUGGUCCGUCUGCAGCCUACUCAGGAACGCAAUAUCUAUACGCAGAAAUGUCCAGCCCACGAGUACAAGGAGAUAUCGCCAGACUGCAAUCCAACCUGAAUUUUCCAGUGUCAGAGAAAUGUCUCUCUUUUUGGUAUAACAUGAAUGGACCGAAUGUGGACACGUUGAGGGUCAGGGUUACAGGUACAACCUCCAGCCCAUUUGGAGAGGAUGGACGUGAUCAAGAACAUUUUUCUGCAGACGUCGACCAAACGCUUUGGUCAGAAACUGGAAAUUCCGGAGAUGUUUGGCAAACUACCAAAGUGACGCUUCCAGCAUUAACCAAUUUAAAAAUAAUGAUUGAGGCCGUGACAGGACCCAGCUGGAACAGUGACAUUGCCAUUGAUCUGCUACGUAUACAACCAGGGGGUUGUGUGACAUUACCAUGUGAUUCUUCACCUUGUUUGAACGGUGGUACAUGUGUUAACAACGGAGGUUCGUUCACCUGCCAAUGUAAAUCAAGCUUCACAGGGAUUACGUGUUCGGAUCAGGUCCCUGGUGCAACUUUGACAUGCGACGCCGAGACAGCAACUGAUUGCUUUCUGAGCAAUUCUAACGAUGGGACUUUCGGAUGGACAAGGAUUUCUGGGGAGACACCAUCUUUUGACACCGGUCCUCUCACUGCCCAAGUGGGUCAUUAUUACCUGUACAUCGAGGCGUCCAGUCCACGAGUCCCAGGAGACACAGCCAUACUUACAACAUCUUUCAACAUCGCAGAACAAGCUCAAUGCUUGCAGUUUUGGCUACACAUGUAUGGAUCAACUAUGGGAACAUUUACAAUUUACAAGGAAAGUGACGUCACCGCCACUCCGGAAGUGUUGUUUACUCGAUCUGGUGAUCAAGGCAACAAUUGGAUCCAUCACACUGUGGACAUUCCAGCGGAAGCUGGAUUAAAACUUGAGCUUCAUGGCAUCGUCGGUUCUUCUUUCACCUCUGAUGUGUGUUUGGACAAUAUUACCUUAUCGGCCGGCACAUGUGAUGGCAGUACAACUACACCGUCCACAACAACCACUCCCACCACUACAACAACGCCCACCACUACAACAACGCCCACCACAACAACCACACCCACCACAACAACAACGCCCACCACAACAACCACACCCACCACAACAACCACACCCACCACUACAACAACACCCACCACAACAACCACACCCACCACAACAACAACGCCCACCACAACAACCACACCCACCACAACAACCACACCCACCACAACAACAACGCCCACCACAACAACCACACCCACCACAACAACCACACCCACCACUACAACAACGCCCACCACAACAACCACACCCACCACAACAACCACACCCACCACAACAACAACGCCCACCACAACAACCACACCCACCACAACAACCACACCCACCACUACAACAACGCCCACCACAACAACCACACCCACCACUACCACCACGCCCACCACAACAACCACGCCCACUACAACUGGACCGCCUGGCCCUUGUAACCCAGAUCCUUGUCAGAAUGGUGCAACAUGUUAUGACUUGAUUGGGUUAGAGUAUUUGUGUGACUGUAUUUUGGGAUUUGUCGGCAGAAACUGUUCCAUCGCAUUAACUCUGGGACCAGUAUUUGACUGUGACUUUGAAUCUGGUAGCUGUUUUUUGGAGAAUGAUCUAACAGCUAAUUUUACAUUUACGGCACGUUCGGGAAGCACGCCGUCAGGAAACACUGGUCCUGCUGGCGCUGCUAAGGGCAGCAACUACAUUUUUGCGGAAACGUCAUUUCCACGUCAACAAGGAGACAGAGCUAGACUUAUUUCUAACUUCCCUACAUCAAGCGGUACCUUUGGCUCCUCAUCUUCAAGCGACCGCUGCCUCACAUUCAAAUACUCUAUGUAUGGUUCUGGUAUGGGAGAGCUGUUUGUAUCAACAAUUUCUGGAGCAAGUGCCGACUGGGUCCGUUCUGGUGAUCAGGGACCAGGAUGGAAAGCAGGAGCUAUUGAUAUACCAGCAUUGUCAGAUCCACAGAUCACUUUUGAGGCUGUUCGCGGUUCUAGCGCUGAAGGAGAUAUAGCAUUGGAUGAUAUUUUGUUAACUGAUGGUUCCUGUGGUUGUACUCCAAAUCCUUGUUGGAAUGGUGGAUUCUGUAUAACCGUUAACGCCAACUUUGACACGGAGUGUCUCUGCUUGUCUGGCUACACAGGAUCAUUAUGCGAGAACAUCGUUCCAGGUGAAGACGUCAUCUGUACAUUUGAGGAAUUCGCGCCAUGUUUCCUACGUCAGGCCGAUGAUGAUGACUUUGACUGGGAAGUAAUCAGU